GAGAAAGAAAAUCAACAAUAUUUUUUGUCAACUCGGCCAUUUUGUCCUCACCUUCCGAGUAGGAACGUUGUAAUUAUUUUUUAGCAAGACCACUUUCGUGUCAUAUCGACUUAAAAAUGCGUUACGUGGCUGCUUAUCUUUUGGCUGUCCUUGGUGGAAAUGCAUCUCCAGCAAAAGGAGAUGUAGAAAAAAUUCUUUCAUCUGUUGGAAUUGAAGCUGAUGCUGAAAAACUCCAAAAAGUCAUCGCUGAGCUCAAGGGUAAAUCCAUUGAAGAACUCAUUGCACAAGGACGUGAAAAGCUUUCUUCCAUGCCAGUUGGUGGUGGAGCUGCUCCAGCUGCUGCUGCUGCUUCCACUGCUGCUGCUCCAGCUGCAGCAGAAAAGAAAGAAGACAAAAAAGAAGCCAAAGCUGAAUCAGAGUCUGAAGAUGAUGAUAUGGGAUUCGGUCUCUUUGACUAGUUUGUCAUAAGCUAAAGAUUUUAAUAACGAUGAAUAAAAAUUUUUUCUAAAGAAAAAUCAUUUGUG